CAAAAACCCAACCAUCUUCCUCCCGAAGAUCCUGCCCCCAGCCACCUUCCACCAAAGCUGCCAAAAAUCCCACCUUUUUCCUUCCAAACUCUCCCCUGCUUGUCCUCCUCUUCUCCAAUGGCUUCUUUUCCUCUUCUCUUCUUCGCACAGUCUCUCUUCUUCUUAUCUGUCUUCGCCUCCGACUCCUCCGACGUCCUCCUCCUCUUGGAGAAGAUAAAGCCAUCGCUUCAGGGCCCCUCCUCGCCGGAGAACCUCCAGCUCUUCUCCUGGAACUUCUCCACCCCUCUCUGCCUCUGGCGCGGCCUCCAAUGGACGUCCUCGGCCGCCGCCGGCGCUCCUCUCCCUUGCCACGAAGCCGCCGUCGUCUCCAAUCUCUCCCUCGCAGCCGACCCCUCCCUCCAGCUCCUCUCCAUCCGCCUCCCCGCCUCUUCCCUCGCCGGAUCCAUCCCCCCGGAGAUCGGUGACCUCUCUUCCCUCCAGUCCCUCUACCUCGGCGUCAACUCCCUCUCCGGCGCUCUCCCUCUCGAGCUCGGCAACAGUCCCUCCCUCUCCGACGUCGACCUAUCCGGCAACUCACUCUCCGGCGCACUCCCUACCUCCAUCUGGAACCUCUGCGACCGCCUCGUCUCACUCCGCCUCCACGACAACAACCUCUCCGGCCCCGUCCCCGACCCCGCCGUCUCCAAUUCCUCCUGUGACCACCUGCACGUCCUCGACUUGGGUGCCAACCGUUUCGAAGGAGAGUUCCCCCAGUUCAUCGCCGGUUUCCAUGGCUUGGAAGAACUCGACCUCGGGAGCAAUACGUUUUCCGGACCUAUACCAGAGUCGCUCGCUGGACUGGGAAACCUGGAACGAUUGAACCUUUCCUACAAUAACUUCACCGGGCCGCUGCCGGAGGCCUUCGAGCAGUCCAACUUCGGCGCGGCGGCCUUCCGGGGGAACAGCCCCGGGCUGUGCGGGCCGACCCUGGGGAAAUGUGGCUCUCGCUCCGGCCUCAGCUCCGGAGCGAUUGCCGGUUUGGUGAUCGGCCUGACGACCGUGGCCGUGGUCCUCGCGUCGGUGUCAAUCGGAUGGGUGCAGGGAAGGAAGAGGAGGAACAGGGGAAGGAGCGGAGAAGAGGAGGAGCUGGAGAUAGAGGGGGAUGGCAACAAUGGCGGUGAGGGGAAGCUGAUGGUGUUUCAGGGCAGUGAGCAUUUGACGCUUGACGACGUGCUGAAUGCCACUGGCCAAGUGAUGGAGAAGACCAGCUAUGGCACCGUAUACAAGGCAAAGCUCGCCGACGGAGGUACCAUUGCCCUUAGGUUACUGAGAGAAGGGAGCUGCAAGGAUGCGGCUUCGUGCUCGCCUGUAAUCCGGCAGCUCGGUCGAGCACGGCACGAGAACUUGGUUCCCCUGCGAGCCUUCUACCAGGGGAAACGAGGAGAGAAGCUCCUCAUCUAUGACUACCUCCCAGAUAGAACUCUCCACGAUCUCCUUCACGAAACUAGAGCUGGAAGGCCCAUGCUGAAUUGGGCUAGAAGGCACAAGAUAGCACUGGGAGUGGCGAGGGGGCUCGCCUACCUUCACGCAGGGCACCAGACGCCGAUCGCCCAUGGAAAUAUUCGGUCCAAGAACGUGCUCGUCGACGAACUCUUCAUGCCGAGGCUGACCGAGUACGGGCUCGGCAAGCUGAUGGUGCCGGCGGUGGCCGAUGAAAUGGUGUCUGCCGCAAAAUCCGAUGGCUACAAGGCACCCGAGCUGCAGAAGAUGAAGAAGUGCAGCUCGAGGACCGAUGUGUAUGCUUUUGGGAUACUGCUAUUGGAGAUUCUCAUGGGCAAGAAACCUGGGAACGGAAGCAGUGGAGGCGACGAGGACUUGCCAUCGUUGGUCAAGGUGGCGGUGCUGGAGGAGACGACGAUGGAGGUGCUCGACAUGGAGAUCUUGAAGGGGAUGAGCAGCCCGACAGAAGAUGGGUUGGUGCAGGCAUUGAAGCUGGCCAUGGGAUGUUGCGCUCCAGUGUCAUCGGUGAGGCCGGACAUGGAUGAAGUUGUGAAGCAGCUGGAGGAGAACAGGCCCAGGAACAGGUCUGCUUUAUGUAGUCCUGCUGAUGCUGCGAGUGAGACAGGCACACCCUAAUGAGGCCUUCCAAAAAGUCCUCCUUCCUUCCUUUCAUAUCUUGAUCAGUUUGUAUGAAGUUCUAGUAGCCCUUCCAAAGGGAAGAAGGCAAGUAUGUCGAUCUUUUGAUGCUGAUGAUUCUAGUUUGAAAUGUAACAGCUAUAUUUGUGACAAUGCGAGAGAGGGAUGUUUAGCUUAAAUCUUCUGAUAUAAGAUUUGUAUUGCUAUGAUGAUCUCAUUAUGUAGCUGCUACAGCGGCAGGGACCCAGAAGCAUUAUUGCUUGUUAUAACGUUAUAAUGGAACUUUAACUUGCCUAGCAAAAA